AUGAAUGAAAACGAUUUCAUUACAGAGAUUUCAUCAUCAUCAUCAUCAUCAUCAUCAUCAUCAUCAUCAUCAUCAUCAUCAUCAUCAUCAUCAUCAUCAUCAUCAUCAUCAUCAUCAUCAUCAUCAUCAUCAUCAUCAUCAUCAUCAUCAUCAUCAUCAUCAUCAUCAUCAUCAUCAUCAUCAUCAUCAUCAUCAUCAUCAUCAUCAUCAUCAUCAUCAUCAUCAUCAUCAUCAUCAUCAUCAUCAUCAUCAUCAUCAUCAUCAUCAUCAUCAUCAUCAUCAUCAUCAUCAUCAUCAUCAUCAUCAUCAUCAUCAUCAUCAUCAUCAUCAUCAUCAUCAUCAUCAUCAUCAUCAUCAUCAUCAUCAUCAUCAUCAUCAUCAUCAUCAUCAUCAUCAUCAUCAUCAUCAUCAUCAUCAUCAUCAUCAUCAUCAUCAUCAUCAUCAUCAUCAUCAUCAUCAUCAUCAUCAUCAUCAUCAUCAUCAUCAUCAUCAUCAUCAUCAUCAUCAUCAUCAUCAUCAUCAUCAUCAUCAUCAUCAUCAUCAUCAUCAUCAUCAUCAUCAUCAUCUCAUCAUCAUCAUCAUCAUCAUCAUCAUCAUCAUCAUCAUCAUCAUCAUCAUCAUCAUCAUCAUCAUCAUCAUCAUCAUCAUCAUCAUCAUCAUCAUCAUCAUCAUCAUCAUCAUCAUCAUCAUCAUCAUCAUCAUCAUCAUCAUCAUCAUCAUCAUCAUCAUCAUCAUCAUCAUCAUCAUCAUCAUCAUCAUCAUCAUCAUCAUCAUCAUCAUCAUCAUCAUCAUCAUCAUCAUCAUCAUCAUCAUCAUCAUCAUCAUCAUCAUCAUAGUAGUUCACCUGGUCACUUUCAUUUGAUUUCUAUGCUUAGAACUUUCUACAUCACUACACUACUGAUGUAA